AUGGACAGUACCAGCUUACUUCCGCCGGAGAAGGUGGACAUUGUUAUGGAUGAGGAGAGAGUAUCAGCCUGUCCUAAGACUGAACCAGAAGACGGUGCGGCUGGAGCAGGCAGUAACGUCGAGUCGAAGAAGCGUAUAAGCCGUGAAGACGCAGCAGACGGUCUGGAACAUGAAGCUGACCAGGUCAACGGUUUAAAGGAUAAUGCAGACAAGUCAGACGCGCAAGGCUCCAAAGAAGUCGUCGAUUCAGUCAAGGAAAAGCCAAAGAAGCGGCGCAGGUCUCCAACGGUCCUUUCAUGUUCUCACUUUCAUUUACGUGGUGUGCGACAACGUGCUUGGGGGAAAUGGGCAUCGGAGAUUCGUGACACGGAUAACAUCCGCUUAUGGCUCGGAACCUUUACGACGGCUGAGGAAGCGGCUUUCGCUUACGACGCAGCUUCUCUAGCUAUCCGUGGAGCAGACACCCGGCUUAACUUUGAGAGGAGUCGCAUGUACGCAUCGAACAUGGCUGACAUCAGGGAGCAAUGCGGUGGAGUAGUCGGCCCGGCGUUUCGGACUGCUCUCGCGAAAGAAACGGCUCGGCUUAUUGACGAAGGAGCUCUUGAUGACAUCGUUGCUGACUCCCAGGGAUACGCUUAUCUGCUAAGGUCGAUCAAUGUUGCACCGUCUGUCGCUGCAUCGGCAGGACCUGAUCAUAUCUCACAGCGUAUUGAGUUAUUGGCGGAAACGGCGGCACGGCGACGACUGGCCCAGAUGACUUCCAGUAAUCCACGAAUGAAUUCGGUUCCUGCACCCGUCGAGACCAGGCCGAGACUGUCAUUGGUAUACAGCAACAAGGCUCCGUCAGUGACUGGGAUUAAGGCCGAACAGAAGCUGGUUCAGAAGGCGCAGCAUUAUAUUUAUUGUGAGUCAGAUGGUGAAAAUCCCGAAAGCGAGAUUGAUGCCCUCUUUGCUUUACGUCGCAGCAGCAAGAGUGCUGCUUGUAACUCACAUGAUAAUCUCUCAGGUCCCCUUGGAUUUGGCGACGACCAUUCGUGGCAACCAUCAAGGAGCGGCUGUGAAAAUGUUCAGGGGAGUUUGGAAGCAGCCACUUUCAGCUUCCACGAUGGCGGGGGUGGCGGUACAUUUGGAGGAAAUGUCAGUGGUGGUGGUAUGGAUGACUGGAGCUCGUACAUUGAAACGGAUACUUUCACUGCAGUUCCCACAACCGCAACUACCACGGUCACAGAUUGUCUCACCGGUGAAGGCGGGAGCGGAAGCGCUACAACACAGACUGAUGCCGGGAAGAAGCUUUGUCGUUUAGGAAGCUGUGCAGACAUCGUCGACCAUUUCUUGGCAGAUGGAGACGAGUGCGAGGACCCUGGUAUGCUUCAGGGUAACCGACAUAACCACGACUUUUCAAAAGGCGACUCGAUCCGCACCGCUGACUCACGGGACAACUCUGCGGCCGUUGAUCUCAUUACCACCUCAGAUGGUACCAAUGUUGCUCCUUCAAGUGGAAUUUCUCUUGGUACUUUUUCUGACACAAGUGAAGGUCAUGCAGGCUAUGAUUAUGCCGACAGGAUUAUUCCUGAGUUGCACGGGCUGGCCAAGUUCCUGGAGGAGACCCCCAUGUCUCCACUGCAUCUAGUAUCAGGCAGUCCUGUUUCGACUGAGAGCAACCCAAAGUCUGCAGAAGACCCAGCACCACUCCACCUUCCAGCUGCAGCAUUCUCAGCGCAAGCUACACCAGCAGCUUCUGGAGUCCCCACAGCAACUGUACAGCCAUGUUCACGCCCUGUUGUUGCAGCUGCCGAGCCACCUGCUCGUUUUCUCUCCUACCCGAACCUUACCCGUAUGUGCGCACCUCCAAGCCAAUCACAGCUGCCUCACUCUCUCGCCAAUGUCAGGCAGGCACAGGCGCUCAUGCUUCCAUCGCCCGCUGCUGCUGCACCUCGCACUGACAUGCCUUUGCAGAGAGCGCUGAUACCAGCCCCUGCUACUGCUGGCGGUUUCUCUUCUCCACGUAUUUCUCCCUCCAUGGUUUCGCCACUCUCACUUCCAAUGCAGCAGCCUAGCCCAGCCAUGGCCCCAUCAGCUUCUGCUCCUGCACCUCGGGCUUUACCACUUCCUCCCACAGUUGCUCCCUCUCUCCGCUUGCAGCUUCCUCCUGCUGCUGCUCCAUUGCCUUCACAUCGACCCCUCAGCACCUCCCCUCCUGCCUUAGCUACCAGCAACUCGUGCCAGUGCUGCUGCCAUUGUCACCUCAAGCAACAGCAACAGACGCCUCCACAAGGCAGAGGCGUCUCGCUUCACAAUGGAACGCCGGGCAACAGUAUGGACAGGGCGCAGACAGUUACCAACACCAGCAUACUGCCUGCUGCUCCUCUUACCUCCGCAACUAUUCCUGCCACAGCUGCUGCAGCGUCUGGAAGCCCUGCAAAGAACAGCCACCACCUGUUGGUCAUGCCUAGAGUGGGAGUUGCGUGGAGUCUCAAAUCCUCUCCUUCAACAGUUAAUCUGAAUGCUGCUACAUCAGGAAUUCUCAAGCUCGAAUCAGCACCAGCAGCAUCAGUACUUGUAGAGCAAGCAUCAGUUUCUGCACCUCAGGAUGUCGCAGCACCAGCACCUGGUCAGCACCAACACCAACACCUGGUCAGCAUGCAGCAGCACCAACACCUCUCAACCAGGCACCUGGUAGCACCUCCUAAUCAGGCAGAGGCAUCAGCAGCAUUGAAGCAGGCUGGAGCAUCACCACCACUCGAGCAGGCAGCGGCAUCUGCAUCACCCAAGCAGGAACAACUUCUGCAGCACUGA